AGCCCACCAUGGGGCAUUCAGAGCGUCCUGGUCGCCAUGAAAACAGGCCACACCCCGGCGAUCCCAGACCGUGCUUCGCAAGUGCGCAGGCGCAUCCGCUCUUCCGCGCAUGAGCAGUGCUGCUCCGAGCCCGCCAGCCACGGUCUCAGGCGCCAGCUACGCCGCUGCCGCUGUCACUAUGGCCCAUUACAAAGCCGCCGACUCGAAACGCGAGCAGUUCCGGAGGUACUUGGAGAAGUCGGGGGUGCUGGACACGCUGACCAAGGUAUUGGUAGCCUUAUAUGAAGAACCUGAGAAACCUAAUAGUGCUUUGGAUUUUUUAAAGCAUCACUUAGGAGCUGCUACCCCAGAAAACCCAGAAAUAGAGCUGCUUCGCCUAGAAUUGGCAGAAAUGAAAGAGAAAUAUGAAGCUAUUGUAGAAGAAAAUAAAAAACUGAAAACAAAGGAGAAAGUUCAGUAAACAUAUGGUGGAGAGGAAGAAAAUACUAUAAGCUACAACAUCUUUUGGAAAGAUAUAGAUUACUGGACAUCAAGUAUUUGUGCAGUGCAGUCAUGACUGGCAAUUAAAUUUUAGUUUCCCAGUAAUUUUAAAGGCUUAAAUAAAAAGAGCUUUCAUUAGGUUUAAACCAUCACUGGGUGGUUUAAAAAGGAUAGGAUUUUAGUAUAAACUCACUGAUUCAGUAGUUAAAUUGAAUAUAGUAGUUAGCUCAUUUUGUUACUUUUAAGCUUUUUAAGUUUUUAAGUUCUUUACCCAAUUUAGAAUAAAAUUCACCUAAAUUCCUCUGUCUUUGCCCCAUAGCUUGCUCAGUAUGAACCACCUCAGGAGGAGAAGCGUGCUGAAUAGGAUUCUUCUCAGUUGAAAAGACCCUGAAAAAUGGUUUUGUAUGACUUGAAUAGUUUGUAUAGUCUAUAAUCUUUUCUGAACAGAUGCUAUAGCACUCUUUUAAUAUGUUAAAUUCACCUAUCACACUUUAACUGUUAUAAACACAUAUACUUAGAAUCACCAAUAAAAACUCAAUAUAACUUUCUUUGGGUCUUAAAAGCAGGAGAAUCAAAAGUGAAUCCUGGAAAAAAAAAACAAAAAAAAACAAAAACAAAAACAGAACAGAGCCAUCUAAUUCAUUACCUUAAAAGACAUUCUGUUUAUUAGUCUGACUAGGAAUGAUGGUACUGGUUGUACUUUAGCCAAGGAAGUUUAGCAUGGAGCAGUUCCUUGGUUUAGCUCAGGAUAUGAGCACAGGUACGGUCAUUCUUUAAAAUGAAGAUGCCGCUGUUGUUUAUCUUCUCCAUAGGCAGCUGGAGAGAUCUGUGUGACAUUGAUGCUGUUGCAUGGGGUCUCAUGAAUCUUCUGCUCUAGUUUAUAUUAUGUGGAACAAAUGACUCUUCUUUGCCACCACUUUGCCUUAGAUAACUGUGUGUGUGCCAGUGUGGACUCUGACACCACCUUUCCUUCUAUGCAAUCAUGCCCUAUCUGAUAAUGUUGCCUUGCUUUGCUGUGUGCUUCAGCGGGUCCCAGUUGCACCUUGGCCUUUCUGUGUUGUUCAAUUUGCUGUCAUAGCAGUUACCCUUAUUGUAAUUUAUAUAACUUUAAAGAGGAUCACACUGUUCCCCUGCCUUACUUAGUUGCUUAGUUGAACACAGAACAGAGGCAAUAUAAAAUUCUGAGUUCAUGCACAAGCUGGGAUGAGAAGGGGAAUGAGCCAUAUAAUGUGGAAAAUUAUAGUUUGCGGGUAUAAUUAUAUAGUGCUUUUUUCCCUCAAAGUAUUUUUCUAGCCUUGAAUUCAUUUUAUCUUCAUUAUCCCUGUGAAGUAGGUAGGCAAGUAUGAGGGGAGGUUGGGUGCUGAGUUUUUAGGCCAAAGACUGAUAUGAAUACAAAUUAUUUGCUAACUGUAGAACCUUGGGCCCAUCAGUUAAUUGCUCUGAGAUUCACUUUCCUCAUCUGUUAAAUAAGAAUAAUAUCUGUGCUGCCUACCUCACAGGGUUGUUGUGAGGGUCAAAUGGAAUGUAUGUGUAAGAUUUGUAAAUGGUAAAGCACUAUAUUCUUAUUUGUUAGUCCUUUUUCCUUUCUUGGAAGACCUAUAGUCAGAUGUUUUGUGUAAUACGGAUCACUUAACUUUUCUUAUUGAUUGACUGGCAUUAUGAAGAAGUACUCCUACUUCAUGUAUUGUGUCCCUGUUGUUAGAGAACUGCUUUUAUUUUUUGGUCAAAACAAAUGCAGAAUACAAAACAAUCCAAUGAAAGCUGGUUUAACUAGCAAAAGCUUCAGCACCUGCUGGACGCUGUGACUAAGCCAAUUAUAAGAGCAUUUCAAUCAGUCAUGUUGGCAGGAAUGUGGCAAUGGUCUGUGCCUCUUCUAGUCACAAGUUUGUUUUUGGAGGGGAGCCAGAUACUGUUGGAAGAACAUUCACCUGAAUUUUGGUUUAUCUUUUACCAGUUUGAGUGCCUCCUGCAUGGACAGCAGUGGGCUGAGUGCUAGGUGUUAUAAAGAUGAAUGACUUGAAGUUAGUCAUAAGACAUGUAUAUAACCAAUUACAAUGUAGCAUAGGAUAGAAAUAACAAUAAAACAUGGCCCCAUGGGGGUUUUGGAAGAGAGGGAUACUUGGCUUCCUUAAGCAAUUGGUAAUGACAGUCCCUUUGUGGAUACAGGCAAGUAGAAACUUUUUCUGACAACCAACCCUCAUUUGCUUUUUUCCCCCAAUGGGAUUGCCAUUAGUAUUUAUGUAAGUCAGGUGACUGUUUCUUGAAUGAUCCUUUUGAACAGAAUGGCAACCUGUGGGUUGGAUAAUCAGACUUAGGGGGAACUGACCUGCUUAAACUCCUUAAACCAGUCAGUGCUAUAUGUAAGAAUUCAGGGUCAGCCUGGCCUCUGGAGGCCCUCUUCAACAUUUCUGUCAAGGAUCUGGAUGAAGAUAGUGUACAAGAAGAUAUUCAGUGGAGAAAAAAGGAUCCGAUCCAUUCAGUUCCUGCUGUGCUUCAGCUGUCUUAUCUAUAAAAUGUAGAUUUCAUGUCUUGCCUACCUCACAAGGUGUUGUAAGGAUCAAAUUAAAUAUUACG